AUGCAACCAUUCCAUAAUGUAUUGGAAGCACAAACGGUACAAACAGAGCCCUUCGAUUUAUCAGUGCGGAAAGUGAGUGAGGAACGAAUACAAUUACAGAAAUUAUCAAAUAGUGAAACGAAUCAAGCACAGACGGAAAGUUUCCCUCAAUCAUCCCAUUUGAGUGCUCAUGAGAAGACGCGUACCGGUGAAAAGGCACACAGUUGUACGAUAUGUGGGAAAAGUUUUUCUCAAUCAUCUCAUUUGAUAACACAUGCGAGGAUUCACACCGGUGUGAAGCCGUACAGCUGUUCGACAUGCAAUAGGAAUUUUUCUGAUCCAUCGAAUAUGAAAAAACAUGAGAAGACUCAUACCGGUGAAAGGCCACACAAUUGUACGAUAUGCGGGAAAAGUUUCUCUCAAUCAUCGGAUUUGGGCAGACAUAACAGAACUCAUACUGGUGAAAAGCCGCACAGCUGUUCGAUAUGCAAUCAAAAUUUCUCUGAUCCAUCUAAUAUGAGACAGCAUGAGAGAGCUCAUGCCAAUGAAAGGCCUUACAUUUGCCCAAUAUGUAAUCAAAGUUUCUCCCGUUCAACGAGUUUGAAGAAACAUAAGAAGACUUGUACCGGUAAAAAGCGGUACAAUUGUCCGAUAUGCGAUAAACGUUUCUAUCGAAGUGAUAAAUUUAAAAAGCACAUGCAAACCCAUAGCAAUAAGUAG